AUGUCGUUAGAUUCGGUAAGUUUUAAAUUUUUGUUGAAGAAUGGGUAACUUCUUCCCUAUCCUACUCUUCGUCGUCUCAGCCCUUAUCUAGCGUUUGCAUUUUUGAAUUUGCUAGCUCCAGCUCGGGUUCCAGCUCUGAUCUAUACAUAGAAAACGGACCGGGCCGGGCCUGAAAAGUGGGUCCGACCCGGCCGGUUCCUCAUGUCUACUCUGACACACUUUUAUAUUGUAGCUACGGCUCCAGCCUUAGCUCCCGGGCUAAAGCCGCUCUAGAAUUGUCCUCAGAGCUAGCUCAAAAGCUGGCUUGCCAGCACUGCUUUAAUAACCCUAAAAAAUGUUUUUUAAAUUUAGUUUUAAAAUUUUUUUUAGAUUUUAAACAGCGUUGACUUGCUGUUGAUUGACAUAUCAGACAACCUCAACCGACUGUUGACAACUCUGACCAUUUUCAUUCCAAUCUUUGUUAUAGCUUUUACUGUAUUAGUGGUGCUACUGCUUCUUAUUAUUGUUUUUACUAUGAUUUUACAAUACAAAAAGUAUCGUCGUGUGGAGUCUUUAAAACGACGGAAGAGUAGUGAUAUCGAAAGUCCGCCUUUAAUUGAAGCAAAGUUAGAGAAAGUGUAG